AUGAGGCCUCUUCUCGGGCUUCUCGCCCUGGGCAUGUCCCUUUGGACCGCCCAGGCGCUGGAGGUUCCAAUGAACGAAAAAGAAGGCUCUCGCCAGUACUGCACCGGAAUGUAUAGUCGCAAGUCUUGGGGCGGUCCGGUCGAUCCUUUUAUCCUCGUCAAGUUCCUUAACGAUACUGCGCCUGAAGGAGACGACCCCAUCGCCAGUCUGGUCAUAUUCGAGUGGAGAGAUGGCAAUCUGGUAGGAAUCCCGGAUCCAGAUCUUCAAGCCCAGCGACUUGCGCUCUGCGACGAAGGUGCUAUUAAGAACGGAUACUGCAACUCAACCAACAAGGGGCAAUUUGUCCUGGCCAAGAACGCUACCGACUUAUCCAACCAGGUCAUCUUGACCAAGGCCGUCCACCUGAACAACCCGGCGCCCAUCAACUACCCGAUUAAGAAGACCGGAUACUACUGUGUCCUCACCGAAGGAUUCAACAUUCAGAAAUACAGCGCCGUGGUUGAGUUCAGGAACGCCUACGGAGAGCUGCCGGCAACCCAGAUCCCGAAACUCCCCUUUUACGGCGGAAUGUCCAUUUUGUAUGCCUUGGUAGCUGUCUUUUGGGGCUUUCUUUACUUUCAGCACCGGCAUGAUAUCCUUGCUGUGCAAAACUACAUCACGGCCAUUCUCAUCUUUUUGACAGUUGAAAUGAUUCUGACAUGGGGAUUCUAUGAUUUCCAAAAUCAUAAUGGAACUGCUGGUGUGGGAAGCAAAGUCUAUCUCAUUGUGAUUGCAGUCUUGAAUGCCGCUCGAAACUCUUUCUCAUUCUUCCUGCUUCUCAUCGUCUGCAUGGGCUAUGGUGUUGUCAAGCCUACUCUCGGGCGCACAAUGAUUUACAUCAGAUGGCUUGCUGCUGCGCAUUUCAUUUUCGGUAUUGUCUACGCAGUCACAAGUUUACUUGUGUCACCCGAAAGUGCUGGCCCCUUUGUCCUUCUUAUUGUCCUCCCAUUGGCUGGAACUUUGACGGCUUUCUACGUUUGGACGCUUAACGCUCUCAACUAUACUCUCAAAGACCUGCGGGAGAGAAAGCAGCAUGUCAAAGAAACCAUGUACAAGAAGCUGUGGUGGGCCAUUCUCAUCAGCGUCUUGGUCAUUUUUGGCUUCUUCUUCUUUAACAGCUUUACCUUUGCGUCGGCUAGCGACCCCGAUUUCGUCCCUUUUCACUGGAAGACUAGAUGGUUCAUCUUGGAUGGCUGGCUCAACAUUGUGUAUUUUGCCGAUGUUGCCUGGGUAGCAUACGUCUGGCGACCUACAGUCAACAAUCGUCGCUUCGCUAUGAGUGACGAGAUUGCUCAAGACGACGAUGGAAACUUUGAGAUUGGAGAUAUUGGCAUGCCUGACGACUCCGACGACGACGAAGAGGCGCAAAUCGGCAAGCCCACUUACCCCGGACAAGACAGCGGCGUGACAGGUGCUGGACCAGCACAAGCUAGCAGCAGCCGAGCUGUACCAGGCGCGCAGUCACAAUCAACAGCCCGUACUAUCCCACGAGAGUCCAUUGACGGAGAGACAAUAUUUGCAGUCGGCGAUGAAGACGGUGACAAGGCAUCGGACAGCGAGGGCGACAGCGAUGAUGAUGAGGAUGCCAAGCUUGUACACAAGAAAAUGUAA